CUCUCGCCUGAUUGAGCUCGGAGCGAGAACGGCGUGCUCGAUGUGUCAAGGUUUCGAAAGCUUGAGUCGGCUCUUCGUCGACUCCCUUCGCGAUGGACGGGGUACGGGGGGGGAGGAUAUCGCACAACCGGACGCUGGUAAGGUGUUUGAAGAUAGCAGAUAGCAGCCCCUUAUAAGAAAGGAAGAGCAUAUAAGAGCAAGAUUAGGCUCACUAGGCAAGCCGACCGCCAUAAGAUAUUAUAUCAGUAGUCCGCAGGGCAAGGGACCGGGCGGCCCGCGCACAUACGCGUACAUUAGCAUGUGCGUUAUGGCCUUACCCAGCGCCCCAGAACCGGGUCUUCUCGUCCUUCUCUCUUCCCUCCACUCUCCCACCCUUUCGCCAAGCAGCGGGCCCGUCCCUAGCGAUAGCAACUCAAGUGGGGGAGGGGGAGACGGCAAUGGAUGGGGGGUUUUACCUAUCAGGGUUGGAGGUUGGGCGGAUCGUCCGCCUCGGCCGGGCUCGUCUCGUAGGCGGACUAAUUUGUCAUUGGCGGCGAUGGAUGUCGAACCCUGGAACGCCAAGCUAUUACGACCCCUGGAAAACGUGCUCAAUCGUUCUCAGACCUUUCCCUUUCGGACAGCGUCCUUCGCGAUGCCAUCAACAGUAUCUGUUUUGGGACUGUCGUGCCGUCGCAUUCUCGGGCUAUCUUCACGACAGCUGACGGCUUUUCGAAAUGUCGAGCACGUUGAGCACGUUGAGCACGUUUCCAUCAUGGCACCGACAGAGGAACGACCGUGGCAUCGGCUUGUCUUUCCCGUUUCAUACAAAAUCCAUCUUGGAUUCCUUGAUCAUGACGCCACCCCUCGAAUCCUAUCCCCCUAGUCCAACCCACGUAUCUGUGUGCGAGUGCGGGAACCGUUGGAUUUAUAUACGUCCGUUGUGGUUGGACGGCCUCUGACAUGGGGGACGACUAGACUUGUUCCGCGCAUACAUAUAUCCUGUGGGCGUGUUAGUCGAUGGAUACAUGUAAAGAACAGAAUCGUACCGAUCGAGUGACUCCUGGUAACAGCGGCAGAU